CGGGGCGUGUCGGGUAAAGUUCAGGGGCGCGCUGACGUCACACGGGCGGCUCGAGCUCGGCCAAGAUGGCGGCGCCGCAGCGGAGCGUGCGAUGUAUAGUCCUAACUUGGGUGGCUCUUCAUAUCACUACAACAGAAGCUGUGGACAGAAGUAACUUUAAAACUUGUGAACAAAGUGCAUUCUGCAAGCGACAGAGAAAUGUUAAGCCAGAGAAUUCUCCCUAUCGCGCUCUGCUCAACUCAUUGGAUGUGACUCGGGAAAGUGUGAAGCUGCAGCUGAUUAAUGAAGUGAAUAAGGUUCCUCUCCUACUUGAAGUGUAUGGUCUGCGAGGGAACAUGACCAGGAUUAAAAUAAAUGAACUAAAUCCACUGCAACCAAGAUAUGAAGUGCGGGACGUGUUAGUGCGAGAGCCGCCUACUGUACCCUUAACGGUUGUGGGGAAGGAUGAAGACAGUGUGGAACUGAGCUUUGAAAACAAGCUGUACAAAGUGAUUAUCACCUCCAAACCAUUCAGGAUGGACAUCAUGACUGGGAAUGAGCUGCUGCUGAGUAUCAACUCACGGGGGCUGAUGGUUUUUGAACACUUGCGAAAAAGGAAGGACUCUUACACGGAAAAAAUUAGUAACACAGUCGGUAGCAUGUGGAAUAAAAUCAAGAACGUGUUCAUUAGUGAAGAGAAGGAAGAGGAGAAUGUGGAGAAUCAGGAGGUGAAAGGAGAGAGCGAAGCUGCUGAUGAAGAAGCACAGGCAGAGAAGCCUGAAGAUACAAAUUCCCAGAAAGAAAAUGAAGAGAAGGAAGAUGAGGCUGGAAUGUGGGAGGAAACAUUUAAAACCCACACUGACUCCAAACCUAAUGGACCAUCCUCUGUUGGCCUGGACUUCUCUCUCCCUGGCUUUGAACAUGUUUACGGGAUUCCUGAGCACGCGGACAACCUGAAACUCAAGACCACGGAAGGUGGAGACCCGUACCGUCUGUAUAACCUGGAUGUGUUCCAGUAUGAGAUAUUUAACCCCAUGGCACUGUACGGGGCUGUACCCCUCCUGUUAGCGCACAAUCUUCGCAGGACUCUGGGCAUCUUCUGGCUGAAUGCUGCUGAGACUUGGGUGGACAUCAGCUCCAACACAGCAGGCAAGACUCUGUUUGGGAAGAUGCUGGAUUAUGUUCAGGGGGCAAAUGAAAUUCCACAGACUGAUGUGCGCUGGAUUUCCGAGAGUGGGAUCAUUGAUGUUUUCCUGCUCCUGGGGCCCUCUCCAUUUGAUGUCUUCAAGCAGUACACCUCACUGACAGGAACACAGGCUCUGCCCCCUCUCUUCGCCAUCAGCUAUCACCAGUGCCGCUGGAAUUACAAUGACGAGGAUGAUGUCCGGACUGUUGAUGCUGGUUUCGAUGAACAUGACAUUCCUUAUGACGUUAUCUGGCUAGACAUCGAGCACACGGAUGGAAAGCGAUACUUCACCUGGGACCCCAACAAAUUUCCCAAUCCCAAGGAGAUGCUGCAAAACCUGGCCUCCAAGAAGCGGAAGAUGGUCAGUAUAGUGGACCCCCACAUUAAAAUCGAUAGCGGCUACAAGAUUCACACCACUAUCCAAUCUCGCAACUUCUACAUUAAGACCAAGGACGGGAAUGACUAUGAAGGCUGGUGUUGGCCAGGUUCUGCUGGCUACCCUGACUUCACCAAUCCGGAGAUGCGGUCUUGGUGGGCCAGCAUGUUUGCUUAUGAUCAGUAUGAGGGCUCCAUGGACAAUCUCUACACGUGGAAUGAUAUGAACGAGCCCUCUGUGUUCAACGGGCCUGAGGUGACCAUGCACAAGGACGCUGUUCACAUGGGUGGCUUUGAACACCGGGACGUUCACAACCUCUAUGCCUUGUAUGUGCAAAUGGCCACAUCAGAUGGUCAGAUCCAGCGGUCUGGAGGAACAGAGAGGCCCUUUGUCCUCACCAGAGGUUUCUUCGCUGGCUCCCAGCGUUACGGGGCAGUGUGGACGGGUGAUAACUCUGCUGAGUGGGACCACCUGAAAGUGUCGGUGCCAAUGUGUCUGUCCCUGGCCCUGGCUGGCAUUUCAUUCUGCGGAGCGGAUGUCGGUGGUUUCUUCAAACACCCCAGCCCUGAGCUGCUGGUGCGCUGGUACCAGGCAGGUGCCUAUCAGCCAUUCUUCAGAGCCCAUGCUCACCUGGACACGCCAAGGAGGGAACCCUGGCUGUUUGGAGACGACAACAAGCUGAUAAUCCGUACGGCUAUUCGAGAACGCUAUUCCCUGCUCCCAUUCUGGUACACGCUGUUUUACCAUGCCUAUCGGACAGGAGAGCCCGUCAUGAGAGCAAUGUGGGUCCAGUUCCCUGAUGACAUGAACACAUUUAGCCUCGAUGACCAGUACAUGCUCGGUGAUGCUCUGCUGGUUCGGCCGGUCAUGGAGCCCAGUGUUCGAGGAAUUCAGGUUUAUUUGCCGGGGAAAGGGCAGGUUUGGUACAAUGUGCACAGCCAUCAGAGGCACACGGGCCCUCAGAACCUGUACGAACCUGUCACCAUCGGCACGAUUCCAGUCUAUCAGCGAGGAGGCACUGUCAUCGCUCGCAAAGAACGUGUUCGCAGAUCGUCUUCAUGUAUGCAGGAUGAUCCCUACACUCUAUAUGUGGCACUGAAUGGCCAGAACACUGCUCAAGGAGAUCUCUUUAUUGAUGACGGUCACACUUUCAACUUUGAGAAGAAAAAUGAAUAUAUCUACAAGAAGUUCAACUUUGUUAAUAAUUCCCUUACUUCCAGUACUGAUCCUGUUGGCCAUUACAAGACUGCAGCGUGGAUUGAAAGGAUCGUGAUUCUCGGUGCAAGGAAACCAGCGACAGUGACCAUCAAACUACCUGAUGGAACUGAAUCGAACUUGAACUUUGAAUACAAUACAGAGACCUCCGUGCUAACCAUUCGGAAACCAGCUGUGAACAUUGCUGCUGAGUGGAGCCUGUACAUUCGAUAAUGGUGUUCCCUACACACCACCUGUCACUCACUCACUAUCCCUCUGUCUCUCUUACUGUCCUCUAACAAGGUAGGCAGCUGUUGUUAAGCAGCUUCUGGAACACCUUUGUCCUGCUGAGGUUGUUAACGUCUCGGCUUUGCUCACUGCCUCACAAUGGCUGCCAUGUUCCUUUGCAAUUCUUCCAUUUCUGCUUUCAAAGGGGCAGGAACCAGCAGAUGAAACCCUGCCUUGGAGUGACAGCAAACUGUUUGAACUGCAAUACUGCUGUGUGUGUUCCUGAGCUGGCUGCAGGGCUCUGUGUGUAGGGGUUUUCCACAUUGCUUGUGUUGGUUCAUCGCUGUCUCGAUAACCUCUUCCAUCAACUCCAAGGCACUGCUUAUUAUCUGUUCAUGUGAAUUGUUUUCUCCUCCCUCUGCAAGUGUUUCUCUAUCAUCUGCUUUCCCCGCCUUGCUCUCUAUCCAGUAGGAAGUGAGCUUUUUGUUACUUCAGUCAGGAGGCUGUACCCUGCUGUCUGGUUACAGUAUGACUGUGUUCCCACCAGAGAAGGCUGUGAUUAGUGAGUUCCCUAUGGCAGGGACUUGAACUUGGGGGCAGGGAGCUGCCCAGACAUUACAGUCCCUGAGCACCCUUUGGUGAACAGCUCCCAAUUUCACUCGUGUAUGUAUCAUGCCUUCCCCUCCCACCACACCUGACUGCUCGUAUUUCUGGAGAGUUAAGUGACUUUAUGUUGAGUUUGAACUAAAGCCCGGCCCCAGAAUGAUGAAAAGUUCCUCCUCUUGAAUGUUGGAACUUUCAAUAUGAUCUCCAUUGGGUGGUUCUGGACAUUAAGCAACAUUUGCUCCAAUAACAAUGACUAAUCAUGCUGGUAAUUUCCUCAGUGAGCCUGUGUGUGGGCACAUUGCUGUGAUUUUUCUGCCCAUCGACCCUGGUUUUAAUGAAGUCCACACACCAUUACAGGGACCAGGCAGUAGUCACUGCUGUUUUAAAGGUUUUAAAGGUAUCCGGUUUCAAGGUGAAAUUUGUAUGUUUUUGGUUUUGUCUUGCUCUUUGUUCCGAUGGGUUUGUAUGAUUUGUUAGUUUCCCUAGCCCUUCCUGGUGCAUUUCCUCUGGUCCCUGGCCUGAUUGCAGCUCAGCUCAGGUCGGGUAGAAAACCCAGCUCGAGCUUCCC